AUGAGCCUUCUCUGCCGUGCCGUUCCGUCUGUUCGAUGUGCUGUAAGACUCGCCUCUUCUGGCCGUCUCUACACGAAGAAGCACGAAUGGGUGAUUGUAGAGAAUGGCGUCGGAACUGUUGGUAUCACCGAUUUUGCCACUGAGCAACUCGGCGACGUAGUCUUCAUCGAGCUGCCCGACGAGGGAGCCGAAAUUUCGAAAGGCGACUCGACAGGCGCCGUGGAGAGUGUCAAGGCCGCGUCGGACAUUUAUGCGCCAAUCUCCGGAACGGUCACCGAGAAAAAUGUGAAGUUGGAGGAAGAGGCCGGUCUGAUCAAUAAGAGCCCAUUCGAGAAGGGGUGGUUGUACAAAUUGAAAGUGAAAUCGACAGAAGAGCUCAACAAACUGCUCAAUGAGGAGCAAUAUGAGAAAUUUAAGAAAGACGAGGAGGCUGCUCAUUGA